UCUGAUGAUGUUUUUGAGGACAAAAAUGUUUGUAAUGAAUCAGAAAACGUAUCUGGUAUGAGCGCACUCACCACCAGCACAUAUUUAUAUGUAGUUUAGUUGGCUCUUUAUCAGUUCUUAUAAUGUGUGGAAAUCUUCUUUUAAUAACCUCCAUCAUUUACUUCAAACAGCUCCACACUCCUACAAACUACCUCAUCCUGUCUCUCGCUGUAGCUGACCUGCUUGUUGGGGUUGUUGUUUUGCCUUUUACCACAGUACUGGCUGUGAGCUCUUGUUGGUAUCUUGAAGAUUUACUCUGUAAGAUACGAGGCAGCUUUGAUAUCUUUCUGUGCACAUCUUCUAUUUGGAAUUUGUGCUUUAUUUCUGUUGACAGAUAUUAUGCAGUGUGUCAGCCUCUGAGGUACAGAACUAAAAUAAAUGUCCGUGUUAUUGUGAUCAUGAUCCUGGUGAGCUGGACUGUUUCUGCUAUAAAUGGAAUUAGCAUCACAAUUUUGGGAGUGAACCAAGGACAAUCUAAUAGAAAGUGUGUAUUUUACAUUACAAUAAGUUUAGCAAUUAUGGGAAUUGUUUCAGGGUUUUAUCUCCCAGCUAUCACAAUGUUCAGUAUCUACUUAAAGAUUCUGAUGGUGGCACAGAGACAGGCACACAGCAUCCAGAACACAACCUGUCAGAGCACAAAAUCUGAAAUUAAGAAGGAGAGAAAGGCCACCAAAACUCUGGCUAUUGUAAUGGGAGUUUUUCUCAUCUGUUGGACUCCUUACUUUCUUUGUAUGACCUUUAACCCUUUGAGUAAUUACACAAUACCUGUUGCUGUGAUUGCAGCAUUUAAGUGGCUUGGAUGGUCAAAUUCAAUGCUCAAUCCAUUGAUCUAUGCUUUCUUUUACAGCUGGUUUCGAUCAGCUUUCAGAAUGAUAAUUUCUGGGAAAAUAUUUAAAGGUGAUUUCACUCAUUCUAAGCUCUUUUGACUCAUUAUUUGAAGUGCUGAAAUGUUAGCGAUAUCAUCAUCAUUGAUUUUUAUCUUUACCACUGCAAGUCAUCUAUAUACAUACAAAUGUCACUGUACUAUGCAUGAAGUAUCUACCUGUACUACUCACAGCACGGGUAUGUGUACGAGUGCAUAUACAACUGUAUGUACGGUAAUUUCAAUAUGAAUGUCUGGAAAUAAAUGUAGGAUCCACAUAUCUCACUGUUUGCCUCAUUUAUUGUAUGUAUUUAUUUAUGGAUGCUGCAUCUGUAUGUAGAAUACAGGAGUACAUCAG